CCUGAGCGCCGAAACCGGAUCAGACGAAGCCCGAAACGGCUGGAGCUUCUUCGUUUCGAUGCAGUAGCCAGUGGCUGGCAUGAUCCUCCAAGGACCAAUGGAGAUGAGGACAUCGGAUGGCCAGGAAUGAGGCCGCUCUGAGAGAACUGCUGGCACGCUACCAGCCGGAACUGGCCGGGCGCUUGGCGAAGCGAAUCGCCCAAUAUGGGGCCACCGAUGCGGUCCUGGCCGAAGGGGCGAAGCCAGAGCCCUCACCGCUUCUACGGGACAUCAUCGAUGCCGCGCUCGCCGAGGAGCUGGGUGAUGGAGGCCUAUUCGACGAGACUGCAGUACCUCAGGCCGCCCAAGCUGCUCGUGUCACCGAUGUGGCGAAAGGUUCUGGGUUGGAAGGAGGAGCGCGAGGAGCUCGAGGAGCUCCAGCCCACCAGGCCGAUGCUCCGGAUUCCUUGUUGCAGAGGCUGGCCCGGUACCAGCCCGAGCUGGCACCCCAACUCCUCAGGCGAAUUGAACAUGAGGGCUCUGACAUUGUGGCACAAUGUCUACGCUCUGAUUCGGCCUUGCGACGGCACAUGGAAAGAGCUUUGGAAGAGCUCUUUGCGGAUGAGGACCAAGCCCAAGCUGACUCUGCAGAACUCGGCCGGGGCAGCGGGAGCCAUAUGCUGCCAGGGCAAAGGAAGACCUUGGCGAUCUCCAGCCGCCCGAAGGUCGAUCCGGCGAUCCGCUCCAUCCGAUCUUCAGCGCCCUCACUGGCGGCACCGGCUGCGACGACGUCGCCUUCGCCGGGCGCCUCGGCGCCGCGACAUGCCUCGGUCGCGACAGCCGAAGCAAGUGGUGAGAUCUACGAAGGCGUGAAGAACCCAAGAGGAGAAACAUGAAGUUAUUUUUUGGUUUAUCUAUUUUUGUGAUGGAUCUGCAAGGAAGUAACUUUGUUAUGUGUUGUUUGUACCACGCUUUUCUAUGCGACCCUCCGGCAGACCCUGUUUGAGGCGAUCCUGUCUUGGCCAUUCGGCUUUGGCUCGCUCCUGAAAGCAGUAUAGCUUUUGUAACAUGCCGGUGCACAAGACCCUUGGCCAAAUUGACCACGGUUUCCGAUGUCCUCCUCAAAGCCUUGUUCCAAAGAAAAUGCAGCACUCCUCUUUCUAAAGGUUUGGAGACGGCACUCCUUCUGCACCCAUAUUUGCGCUACUAGGGUGGAGGCCAUCGCUCUUAGAUUGGAGGCCAUUACUAGUAACAAGGAGCGAACAAGAAGCUACGAUCGGGGCUCCUGGCAUCGCUACAAUGCAUUCUUACUACGUCGUCGGGCCGGAGGCCGCCCGUUGGCGCGAACGCACCAGGUGCGCCGCGUCGGCCGGAGGCGGAAGGGCUCACUCCGGAGGCGAUGGACACAGGCGAUGGAAGGUCCGAGAAGAGCGAAAUCCGAAGAAUCAAUUCUAAUUAAAGAACUAAACAAAACGAAAUGAAAGAACAAACCAAUAUAAAUCUGUGUGUUUUUGCUAUUGAUUUUUCUAAUUACUUAGUAGUAAGGCCAGGAGCCCCUUACUCGUAGCGUCGGAUUGCUCCUAGUAGUUUGGAUCCGAUCCUUUUCGCAAGCCAAGAUGUUUAGCCUCGCAAGGUACAACCUGAGAGGGUCUGCAGGGCCUUGCCAAGAUUGGCCUCUGAUCAAUAACCUGGGUGUUUGGGAUUGGGUGGAGCCAUUUGGUUCAGAGGCAACUCCAGGGCUGAUCAUGGACAAAGAUCAAGAUCGCGGAAGCUAGCAGCUAGCAUCGCCAAGAUGGUCAAAGAUUCAUUCUGAUGUCGAAAACCAUUU